CGUAAGCCCGUCCGAAGGACCCGGAACCCCGGAAGAAUUUUAAUACGAAUCGGAAAAGCGAGCGAGAUUCGAAAUCUUGCGUCUCGCGCAAUCUCUCUCGGUGUACGGAUCUCCGCGAAUCAUUCGUUGUACUCGUUAGUGGAUCAAGUGUCCGAGUACUCGAAUCUCUCGCGGGUAUAAGAAAAAGCCGUGACAAGGAGUACUUGGAAUGAAAUCCAUGUUAUACAUGAGAUCGCAGUACGGACACUUUGCGCGACAAAUGCACCACGAGUACAUGCACUACUCGGUAGUAAGAUUCGCAAAAAGUCGUCACUUUUUAUUCGAGCGAAAUCGUGGAAAGAAGAAAUAUUUUCCAGAAUCAGGAAAAUACACCGAUCAUUUGAGCCAUCGAAGGAAACGAAGGUUCUUUGCGUCAGUGAUUUCAUCCCGCGAGAUCGGCGAUCGAUCGUCGGAGAACGGGAGCGUGAUCGCGAACCGCCCGAUCGGCGAAGUCGAGCACCUGAUGGUUCUUCAAGUAGCGAACCGGAUAGAGAUCCAAGUGAGUGCGGAAGGCGGACACAGCAGCUAGAAAACGCUCGUAUAUCUCGUGAAGAGGGGGACACCCUUGCAUGCGCUGUCGUCGCGCCGUCACCAGUACAAAUCGCACGCGAGCCAACGUCUCGGCGGUAGUACACGUGCGCGCUACGACGUACGGCGUACGACGCCGCGACGGUCGACACUUCCGUCUCGUCGUCGCCGUCGACAACUCGUCGCACCGUAAUUACAGCGAUAAAUGUGCCGCCGUUAUCGCGGAUAACGUUCUCGGUCGUUCUCCAAAAUGACGAUCAUCAGGAUCACCUUGUUACUCACCCUCGGCAUCGCCUGUCGCGGUAUUCCUAUCGACCAAUCCGUUAGUACGACUACGAUAUCGGAAGAAGAUAUCGGAAAUGUCUCGGAGUCGACCGUCGUUCCUGAAGCGGAGGGUCACUCCAUGGACGACAUAAUGCCGGGCACAAAGUCGUCGCCGAUUGCCGUGGUGUUCGUCGACAUCCCGGAGCAUACGGAAACGGAACUGGGAUCAUCCGUGUUGUUGGCAUGCCGUACUGCUAAUCCUGUGGCUGAAUGCCAAUGGUCCUGGCAACCAUUACCACCGGUUCACUUGCCGCUUCCGGACGUUAGUGAAAGCCCACCGGUUUCUACAACCACGGCGAUCCCAACGAUCGCAACUGCAGCAACUCCCACGACCCACCCAUUGCCCGUACGACAGUUUCCCGCGUUCGGGAAUAACAGCAACGAUUGCUCCGUGAGAUUCUCCAGCACUAAGCACGAGCAGACAGGAUACUGGACUUGCGCGGCGAGAGCCUCGACCAGCGAUCCUUUCACUAGCACCGAUCCUGCCAAGCUUAGCAUCGUCAAUGUUAAUCACGGCAUCCUCAUUACAUUCGCGAAGCACGAGAAUGUCGUUGAGGUGCCGGCGGGAUCCUCGGCGCAGAUAAUGUGUCAGACGAAGUCGCCGGUGCGCGAAUGCCAGUGGUCCUGGCGGCAACUGAACCAGUCGCAACCCUGGAACCUCGACGUGAAAUCGUUUCCAGCCUUUGGUAAUGACAGUACGGAAUGCAGUAUCAAGUUCAAGAACGUCCUACCGGAGCAAGAAGGCUACUGGACCUGCGGUGCCCGAGUAGAUCCGAAUUCCUCUUUCACCCAGGCGACUCCCGUCCGUUUUCUCAUAUCGGAAGUCGAGUUCGUGCAGUUGUCACGCGGCGUGCAGGUUGCAGCCGGCGAAUCGGUCUUCCUACGGUGCUUGGCGAACAAGCCGGUGAUACAGUGCGAGUGGUCAUGGAGGGCGUCGAACUCGAGCAAGGAACCACUGAUGGUGAAGAAGUUCACUCCAAACAAGGACGCUGAACACGACUGUUCCGUGCGAUUCAAGAACAUAUUGUACGAGGAGGAGGGUCUGUGGACUUGCGGGGUACGUUUGACGCCCGACGGUAUCCUGCACACGGCGCCCGCGGCGACUGUCAGCCUCCUGCCUACAGCUAAGGUGAGCUUCGUCGAGGUACCGACUGACACGGCGGUGCCAGUAGGUGCGGAGGCCACGUUGAAGUGCGUCACCAGCAGCCGCGUGGAAAAAUGCGUGUGGACGUGGAAGCCGUUGCACGGCAGUGAUCCGGAGAUCGUCCUUAAUGAAUUCCCGAGCAACGGUGAUCUCGGUCGCGAUUGCUCGCUUCACCUUCCGCACGUGUACACGGAGAAACAGGGUUACUGGAGUUGUCAGGUUUCCAUCGUGUCGCUCAAUACUGUCCUGACAUCGCCGCCUGUGAAACUCGUGGUUUACGAGCAAGAGGAAGUAAAGUUCUCAGAGCUGUCGCAGGAUAUCCAAAUCUCCUCCGGCGGCAGCGUUCUGCUGCGCUGCGUGACGUCCUCGGCAGUGGAGCAGUGCCGGUGGUCACUCACCCCAGUCAAUUCUAACACCACCGUGGUGGUGAAGCAGUUCCCAGCAGCCGGAAACGAGGCUCGCGACUGCAGCGUCCGCCUGAGCCACGCUCUCGCCGAGCAGGAAGGUCUAUGGACCUGCGGCGCUAGGAUACACGGCCAGCAGAACUACACGGACGCGCCACCCGCGAAGCUGAGCCUCCUCGAGCCAGAGCCCGUCACUAUCGCAGUUUGGGCCGCACCUCACAAAAUGGUCACUCUUGCGUGUAGAGUCGGAUCUGUGUCAUCGGAGACUAAAUGCCACUGGAUUCACGCUCCAAAUGUUCACGUAUAUCAAAACUCCAGCAGGCAGCUUGCAAAAAAAACGAGGCACAGCUUGCAAAUGGAUUACACUACAGGUGUAUGCAAGCUGAUCUUCAAACCGGAUCAAACUGAUCUAGGACAAUGGACUUGCAGAUUUACAAUCAACAAUGAUAAUGCCGAUAUUGAGAUAGGAAAUGCGACACUCGUUCUGUUGAACACUUUAACAGAUGAGAAACUAGGAUGGAUUGUGGGGACUCUAACGGCCGUGGUCUUGUUCCUGAUGAUAAUAGUCGUAGUGUUGGUGGUGUGCAAGGCGCGAAUCUUUAUCCGUAAGACACCUGAAAUUUUGGAAACCUUACCUCCUGAAGAAAGGAAACGGAGAUUAUGCAGAGAGAAACAUACUGAGAAUCAAGGAAAGAUCAAUUUUCAAUUUGUUGAAGACAACAGUCACACUUCGAGCCUUGAGAGCGUCCUGCCUAACAGAAGUCCGCGUGUGGGGAAGGCUCACGGAAUACCACCUAAAACCUUCGAGAAUGGUGGACUAUAAUAUAUUAAUUAUCAACAUCGAAAUUAGAGAAGCAAAAAGACUACGUUUUGUAAAAGUUACAAAUACUUGAGUUAUGAACAAAAGUUAAUAUUUCGUAUGUAUAGUAUGUAUAGAACUACU